AGCCCUCCGAAUUAGAUUUGCGAACUACACUAUUCCUUUAUCUUCCCCUUCAUUUAUAGUAUCUGAAGACAGACCAUCCAGUUAUUGAACAGAAUCUGAACUGCGCUAGCAACCGGCUAUUCAAUAAUAAGGACGUACUGAACUCCUUCAAGGAUAUUGUCGACCGUCUGACGCGACCAGUCCCGGAUCUCACGUUUGGAUACUAUGUUAAGGAUUUGUUCUAUGAUUCAGAUACCAGACAAGAGUUGCUUCCAUGGUAUAAGCCGGUGGGCGGUAACUUGCACUAUGCACAGAAUCAGUGUAUGACUGAUACUAUUUUAGCUUCGGAGAUCAAUUGGCCAGUGAUCCCGGACGACGAGAAUGUUGUUUACAGCAUGGCAUUUAACCAUCACGAGGUGAAGUUUCAUAUCGGAUGGCUUGACCGGGGCGUCAACAAGAAAGGGGAAGCCGUUCGAGAGUACAAGCUCUGGCUGUUUCGUGAUACUCAUCUUGGAACAGGUAAAAAGUUCAAACAGAUAUGGCAGAUUGUGUUCAAUAUUUAUUGUUUAUGUGAAGGAAAAGAUUAUUGCCUUAGGUAGGUAUUUUUUUUACUGUUACUAGGUAGUCGUGCUCCCUCUUUUACAGUCGCACGGCUUUUUCGCAUCUACACAUUCAACUGGUAUAUUUUCAAAUAGCCUUCGAAGUACAGUAUGCAUCCGCUCGCGACCUGAAUUAUUAGAAAGCUCUAAUUGACUAGGAAGUUCUAAUUGAGGCAAAACUGGCGAUGUAGUUUUUAUACGUUGCAUCGUGGGAUUGAAUAGGUAUAAUAGUUAAUGUGUUGGAC